UAGUGUGCAGAAAAUCUACCAGUUGGCACAAAUAAUCAGUAUGCUGUGUGAUGUGUGAACCAACCAAAGAAGAAAGAAGAAAGAAGUCCCACCCACAGGAAACUGUCACGCUCUGCAGGUUUCAUGUGUCACGAAGGAAGAAACUGUCAGAAAAAUACAAGCGACGCUGAUCACAAUAUCAUCUGCGAACAUCAAGGUCCAAGAGGAUUCCAGUCUAACCUCGUCUGUCACCCUAUCCAUUACUACCGCAAAUGGGAAGGGGCUCAGCGCGGAACCCUGAUGCAGUCCCACCUCCACCUUAAAUUCUUCUGACACAGCUGCGACAAUGAGGCACUUCUUCCUCAUUCUGAUUCCAUAUCUUGGUGCGUUUGGCGUUCAGGGGGCUUCAGAGUUUAGGAUCUGUUCCUUCAAUCUUCAGCAUUUUGGGGAGUCCAAAGCCAAGAAGCGGGAUGUCAUGGAUGUGUAUGCUAAGAUCCUCUCACGGUGCGAUGUGAGUCUGCUUCAGGAAGUGAGGGACAGCAAACAAAAAGCUAUGCCCCAGUUGCUUGAUCAGCUAAACAAGUCUGACCUUAAUCACGAGUACAAAGCUGUGGCGAGUGAAAGGCUGGGCAGGUCUGAAACAUACCAGGAACAGUACGUGUUUGUCUACAGGCGUGAUAGAGUGACGGUCACGGGCCAAUAUCAGUACCCAGACAACAAGCCAGGAAAUGUUGAUGCAUUCUCCAGAGAGCCGUUCGUUGUUCGCUUCAAAGCUCCAGAGACUGCAAUCAAGGAGUUUGUCCUCAUCGCGCAACAUACCAGUCCAGCUAAUGUCUCCACGGAGCUUGAUGCACUGUAUGAUGUUAUGCAACAUGUGAAAAGGAUGUGGAAAACUGAGAAUGUGAUGCUUCUUGGAGACUUCAAUGCUGAUUGUUCCUACCUUUCCAAGAGGAGCCGCGAUAAAUUGCGCUUGUUUAGAGACAACAGUCUCUUCUGGUUGUUGCCAGAGAAGACGGACACAACUGUCCGAGCGAGCACUUCCUGCGCCUAUGAUAGGAUUGUGGUGCACGGUGAUGUGUUUUCCAACGCAGUUGUACCCUUUUCGGCCAAGCCAUUCGACUUUCAAACGGCAUAUCAGCUGACAGAGGAACAGGCACUAAAAGUCAGUGACCAUUACCCCAUCGAGGUCCUGCUGAAGAACAACGCAUCAAAAGUUUCCUUGAGCCUCUUCCUGGUCUCCCUUCUUAUAUUCGCCUUAAGAUGCAUCAACUAGUUGGAUGGGAAACCUAUCAGAGGUGUUGUCGUAUCAUGAAAUGAACCUCUUAUUUUGCAAAUAAUAACAAUUCAGGUGAAAUACAGCAAACUCUCUUACCUCACAGGAAAACAUUUUUUAGCUUUUGCAAGAAUCUCCCUCCGGGGAGCUUUUGACCUUUGGUAAAUGAAAGGACAUUGGAGAAGUGAGCACUGGGAACUUUCAGGCUUUCGUAGUGUGACACUGGCUUUUUAUUUCUUUUUAUAUCCGUCAGAACAAAUAUUAUACCAUAAAUGUUUCUUCAAAUACAAGUACAGCACAUCUCAAUGAAUUAGAAUAUGCUAGAAAAGACUAUGUAUUUUUAGCGCUCAUAGAUUAUAUAGAUUCAUUCAACACUAGAGAAAAUACAUAUCAGAGGGCAAAUUCCUGCCUAAUUUCUACACAAAAAACACUUUUCAUUUUUUGCACGAUUGUUUUGUACAUAAUAUUCUUGUUUAUAUCUGUAUAUUAUAAAUUCAUUAAAUAUUGCAUUUUUUUAAAGAUUACCUAAUACGUAACUAAAUUAAGGUUUUGACAUGACAGUAUUCUCAUUGAAUGCAAUUUACCAAAAUUUCUUGUGUAUAAUGCAAUCCCCCCCCCCGCCCAAAAAAAAAAAAAAAAUUGUCAAAGCUCAGUAGGGCAUUUUAUACAUACAUAUAAGGGCAAAUGGAGGAAAAAAAAAAUCCCAUUUAAUAAAUGGAUGCCUCCGCCACCUAGAGAUUAUAAGAAAGGUGUACACUUUCAUUCUAAUAUGCCACUGCCACUUAGUGGUUGUAAAAAUGGAGUCGCCUACACUUUCAUUCCAAUGUGACGGGUGCGUAUGACUGCAUACAUGUACAGUUGUGCUCAUAAAUUUACAGAUGCUGUCAGAAUUUGUGACAUUGUUUUAUGACCUAUGACUGAUGACUUAAAAACCAUCAUCAAUAAUGUCUUUAUGGUUAUAUUUUGUGUAAUGUUUUUUUUUGUGGGUGGCACGGUGGAGUAUCUGGUUAGCCUCACAGUUCUGAAAACUGGGGUUCCAAUGUCAGCCCAACCUGUGUGGAUUUUGCAUGUUCUUCCUGUGCCUGUAUGGCUUUUCUUCGUGCACUCCGGUUUCCUCCAACAUCCUAAAACCAUUCAUUAAUUAGAAACUCUAAAUAGCUAAAAACCUAAAUUGCCCUCAGGGAAGAUUGUGUGAUCAUUUGUUUGUCUCUAUGUGCCCUGUGAUUGGCUGGCAACCAGUUCAGGUUGUUCCCCGCCUCCUGCCUGAAGAUAGCUGGGAUAGGCUCCAGUACUCCUGCGACCCGUGUGAGGAUAAGUGGCUCAGAAAAUAGAUGGAUGAAUUAUUUUUCUGAAAUGACAGUUUAAUUUGAAGGGCAUUACAAUAAAAUUAAAUGUUUUGGCCAUUCGUGUUUGUUUGAGAAAAUUGGACCCAUCUUAAAAAUUCUGACUCAGUAAUCAAACAUAUGACCACAUCUGUGUUUUCUCAUUUAAAAAAUAAAAGUGGUGCUGUGAGUUUCAAAAUAAGAGCUAGUAAAUAAAGUAUUAUGUGUUCAAAUAAAGUGCUUUGUUCAGAAUGAUCCUUUAAAAAACUAACGAAGUACAGAUAUUUCAUGUUUGUUCAUAUGGGUAGAAGCAAAAUCACACAAUAUAAAAAUGCAUUAUACAUAGGUCGAAGACUUUUCAAGGAUUUUGAGGGUAACUUCGGGGGUGACUAUUUAUUAUACUGUACAUGGGUGGGCAUUAUACACGUGAAAUUACGUUACUUGUGUAUUGAGCUGUAAUACACAUUUUGCAAACAUGACGCUGUGGUGACCCCUAACGGGACAAGCCGAAAGAAACGUACUUACUUACCUUUACUCAAUAUAAUUUAUCUUAAUAGCAUCCAUAACACCUAGUGUAUUAUUUCAAGAUUUUGGCUUUUUGCCAUCGGAAAUGUUUGAUCUGUAUUUGCUCUAUUCUGUUGGUGCAAAGCUGUACUUUGUCACGCAUCUAUCAGUAGUUUACUAUUAGAGAUGAAAGUUGACUUUCGUGAAAAUUUUUGUGAAAAUUAAAACUAGGGGGCCCGGGGGCAUUUCCCCCCUGGGAAAUUUAAAAAAAAAAUGGAUGGCUGUGGUGCAUUCUUGUGAUAUCUGUGAAGAAAAUUCAGACAAAAAUUGAAAGUAAAAUUUCUAAGUCCUGAGCCCCCAAAAAAUUAGGCAGAAGUUCCCCAAGGGCCAACCCCAAAUUUUUUUGCUCCCCAAAAUCACAUUUGUCAUUAAAAUAUGCUUAAAAUAUGACAUCUUAUCUCAAGACAAAUGAAUUCAGUGAACUAUUCAGUAAAAAGACAUCUAAAAUUGUCCUUUCCCCCACAUUAUAGUAUAGAAUAUACACGAAAAUAUAUCCUAGAAUUUCUACACUGUACAGCAAAACAUGUUAAAGAAGUUGAUCUGUAGUAAUUACUAUUAACGUUUAAGUCUCAAACUUGUUACGUCGCGUUGUACUGAUACACUCGACCACAUUGCUCACUAUCUUAGAUAUAGAUCUAGUAAUACUAAUAGUAUAAUCAGUUACCUUUAAUAUAUAUAUAUAUAUAUAUAUAUAUAUAUAUAUAUAUACACACACACACACACAGUCACUCGCAUUUGAAAAAUGUACGGAUGUGGUCAGUCAUGCUGGCAGAUAAAGUUGCGUAUGUGAUUAGGGAUGGCCUUAAGAUAACGUAUUGGAUUAAUAUAACAUAACAUGACUCUAAAUUAAAAAUAAAAUAAGCAAAUACAUAACUAAAAUAGAAAACUAAAAUUUCAAACUCAGAAAUAAUAAUUUCCAAUUUCAACUGAUAUUAGUCGAACAUGAUACAAAACGGUAUUUAAAAUUUUUCAUCAAUAAUCAAUCAAUUGACCUGCCAAACUUGAUCUGAAGACAAGUUAAAUGCACUGCCGUGACAAGGAAUAAACACGAACGGUCUAUACUCGCAAUGUUUUGAAAAUGCUGAAAGUUUACUUCAAUUAACUCAAUUUCCUUUGACAUGGCUCAUGAUGUUGAUGACUUUCGACGUAAAUGCACUCGCAUUACGUGAAGCAGUUUUGAACAUGCACUUUCGUACUUGCUCCGUACAUGCUCAAUACGGUUAACUUGCAUUUCCUGUUUCCGGAUGACUACCGGUUGGAGCAGGCUUGUUUGGUUUAAAACGUUUAUGAAAUAAACACGUAAAUUAAUGUCAAGACCACACAAAAUAAGCGACGUCUCGAGAGAAUGCGAGUGGAGGGGCGUUACUCUUACUCUUGUUAGUGCAUCAACAUGGCUACGCUCGUGAAAGCAAAACAACCAACUCAAACGCAUGUUCGGCCGAUGUUGUCAACACAUAUCCGGAUUAAUUUUCGGCAUUUUUCCUCAAUUUUCCGGAGCAAUUUUCAUGAAAAUGUAAAAAUUCCGUGAAAAUCCGGAGGACUUUCAUCACUACUAUGAAGAACCAAAAGUGGUGAAUUACACGCGCAGUAUUUUUCAUAUUGGAAGAGUUUGUAGUUUGUAAUGUUUGCUCUGUGUUUCUUGUAAAAUAUGUCAAGAGAAAUGAACAAACAAGACUGCCUAUUGUUGUUCAGGUGUUUUAUAAUUUUGCUGGGUUUACAGGAAAAUACACAGAAAUGAUUCAUCCCAUUUGUGUUUAAUCACAGCCAUCUGAAGACCAGAGAUCUUGAAGACUC